AUGAUGUUCUCUCAACUAAUGUCUCCCCUCACAUUUCCAAGCUCUGGGUUUGACUUGACUGAUGCCUCUGAAAAUAUUGAGGAAGAAACCCUUCCGACAUAUAAGGCAGAAAAGUAUUACCCAGCUCAAAUAGGUGAAAUUUUCAAUGACAGAUAUCAAAUUGUUGGGAAACUAGGAUAUGGAGUGACAUCAACUGUAUGGCUCUGUCGUGAUCUACAUGAGCCUCGACAUGUUGUACUGAAGUUUUGUGUUUCCUCCUCCAAGCCAAACCAUGAGAUUAGAAUCUACAGUCAUCUCAAUUCUGUUCAAUCUCAAUCUGGCCAUCCCGGCAAAAAUCUCUUUCGACAACUAUAUGACUCAUUUGAAGUGAUUGGCCCAGAUGGCACUCAUGUGUGCCUUGUUCAACAACCAUUGGGAUUGAGUUUGGAACAGAUGCUUGACCUUCGGCCUACCAGGACUCUGACUAUACAACUUUUGAAACCUCCAUUACGACAAAUCCUGGGGGGGCUUGACUUCCUACAUUCAGCCAACAUUGUGCAUACAGAUCUCCAAUCCAGAAACAUGCUCCUUGAGAUUGAUGAUGCUAAUGUGUUCUCAGUAUUUGAAGAGGCUGAGUUGAAACACCCCGCACCAAGAAAGAUCCUUGAUGAUCGCAUCAUUUACAAGAGCCGGCGGAUUCCCCGCACACGGUGCCUUCCUAUUAUAACAGAUUUUGGGCGAGGCCAGGUUCAAUGA